UUAUAUUAUUAUUAUCAAGUGUUAUCAAGACAAAGUUUUUCAGUUCGGUACGAUGAAGGACUUCGAGAAGUUUAGACUUAGAUACAGGUUUCGUUUUUAGUGUAGUCUCUUAUUUCAUUAUUACAUUGAAAUAACGCUAAAUCUUGUCCAAGUGUGCUUCAAUAUUUUCUCCAUGACUGCCUGCGGAGGUUUGUGUCAGAGGUCAUGGAUACGAUGCUCCUUGUCACGCUUAACGAGGACUGAAUGUUUAUUUCACUUGGGCACUGUCUUCAUCUUGCAAUGAUAUUUAAAGAAUUCAAAGUAUUUUUUGUCAUCUUCUUUUUCAAUAUUUACUUAGUUAAUUAUAUAACAGCCUUACUGUUUAAUGAAAGACAGUCAAAAGUAUGGGGUCCUGGUCUAAAUCCGGUGAAAAUCAUUUCACCUGCCAGAUAUUUUUUUGUGCAACUUGUGGAUGACAAUGCCAAAAAGAUCAAGAACCAGUUGAAGGACCCUUUCAGAGUAAGGAUUAAUGGUCAUUCCAUCAAAAGACACCAAUGCCGUGUAUGGACGAAUAUUCUCGACAAAAAAGAUGGCUCAUUCAUUGUAAGGUAUAAAUUGUACGAAAUCUGUUAUGAUUUCGAAAUUGAGAUCCUCACUUCAAGAAAUACACAUGUAGGAGGUUCACCAUAUAAGUUUCAAGAUCCAGUGUAUCCUGAUGAAUGUUUUUGUCCCAUUUCCUCUGUACCUCAGUGGCUGAAAGACAAUGAAUGCAAUUCAGAGUAUGCUCAAGUCCUCAAAGAUCUCCAGUCAUUCAAGAAUGUCAACCUAGAUGAAAUUCACAAGGUGGUGGUCAAAAAAUUUGAGAAUUCACGAUCAGCAAGCAUUUGUAACUAUGUCGUUUUGAAUAACCAGAUCUAUCGCAAAUGCUAUGGUGAACAUGUAGGAUUCAAGAUGUUCAUGGAUGCUAUUCUUCUGUCGCUAAGUAGGAAAGUCUCUUUACCAGAUAUAGAGCUCUUUGUGAAUCUUGGUGACUGGCCUCUUUCAAAUAAGAACACACCGAUACCCUUGUUUUCUUGGUGUGGCUCAAAUUCAACUCAGGAUAUCGUUAUGCCAACUUAUGAUCUCACUGAAUCAGUUCUAGAAAACAUGGGCAGAGUGAGUCUUGAUAUGCUUUCGGUCCAAGGUAACAUAGACCUGAAAUGGGAGAGUAAAAUUCCAAAGGCUUUUUGGCGAGGGCGAGAUUCAAGCAAGGAGAGAUUGAAAUUGAUUAAGAUUGCUCGUGCUCAUCCACAGCUAUUCAACGCAUCGUUAACCAAUUUUUUUUUCUUCAGAGACUUGGAACGUCAGUAUGGUCCCAAAGAUAAACUUGUCUCAUUUUUCAAGUUUUUUGAUUACAAAUAUCAAAUUAAUAUGGAUGGCACCGUGGCAGCGUAUCGAUUUCCAUACUUACUGGCAGGUGACUCUUUAGUCUUUAAACAAGAUUCUGAGUAUUACGAACAUUUUUAUUCCGAUUUGAAACCCUGGAAGCACUACAUACCCUUCAAUUCAGAUUUGUCGAACCUUGUGGAGCGCAUAAAAUGGGCGAUCGAUCAUGAUAAAGAAGCCAAACGUAUUGCUGUUGGUGGCCAAACAUUCGCUCGAAAUAAUUUGAUGCCACAAGAUAUCUUUUGUUACCAUGUGUAUCUGCUCAACGAGUGGAGCAAGCGUAUUGGAAGUGAUAUUAAACUCAGAGAUGGGAUGGAACCUGUGAUACAGCCCUCUCACAAUAUCGACUGCAACGAUUGUGAAGGUGUUUUUGAUGUUGUUAAAGAUGAAUUGUGAUAUUUUCUGUUUUCUAACACUAUGUAAUUACUUUAGAAUUACAGAGGGAAACUGCUUAUACCUA